AGGGAGUUCUUGCUUUUACCGGUUCUUCCGGUCGGCAUUUUGAAAGAGAUAGAGGGUUAGGGGGGUUGCAACUGUGGAUCCCCCCUUUCUCUGUUCCCCGGUUGUUGUUCCUUCGACAAUUAGCCGCUACCCGCUAAUUACCCCCUGUAUCUGAAGGGGAAAAAUCGUCAUCUGAUAAGGCCGACUUCAGGGGAUGCUAUUCGCCUCCCAGCAGACAUGUUCGCCGUGAGAAAGAAGAAACCCCCCCAGUCCUCCCGACGGGAAUCACUGCCGUUGUGUUAGCUGUUACUCGGAGGAGCUGUUUGAACGGUGGGACGGAGAGGGAGCUAGAGACUCUUCUCCAGCUCCAGCUGCCAUCCUACUCCUGCUCCUGCUCCUGCUCCUGCUCCUCCCCCUCCUCCUCCUCCUCCACCAGAACCACUUCUCUUUCUCAUCACAUCCAGAGCAUUUUGGAGAUGUGAGGAAUAGGAAGAGUUUGGUGAUACUGAGCAGCCUGUGCAUUGACACGACCUCUUGACCUCAUCUUCAGCAUGAAUGGUGAUAUGCCUCAUGUUCCCAUCACUACUCUCGCUGGAAUUGCUAGCCUGACAGACUUGUUGAACCAGCUGCCCUUACCUUCUCCUCUCCCUGCCACCACCGCUAAGAGUCUGCUCUACAAUGGAAGGAUCUCCGAAGAGGUCAGCAGCCUGCUGGGGUGUCGGGAUGAGAAUCUGGUGACUCAGCUGGCACAAAGCCUUAACCAGGUCUCCACUGAACACAUAGAGUUGAAGGACAACUUGGGAAAUGAUGAACCCGAGGGUGACAUGCCAAUGCUUCUUCAAACUCUGCUGUCCAGGAACCCCAAAAUCUUCAGGGACAAAAGUAUGCCAACUCAGCACAAGGUUUGGGGUGGUGUAAUGCAGCAGCCAUUGAUGCAACAGUACAAGAUAACUCAAAAUCAGGUGCAUGGGAGUCCAGGAUCAAACUAUCAGCAAACCGCUGUCCCUCAAAGCCCCUCUGGAUGCUUUACAUCCCCACAGUCUGGAUCAGGUACUCGGUUCGUACCCCAGCAGAACAGCCCUAUACCUAGUCCCUAUACACCUCAGAGCCCUGCAGACUACAUGCAGUACAAUCCACCCAGUUAUUCUCAACACCAACAGACUCAGCAAGUUUCUAGCGGCGUGAGAAAUAUCCAUGACAGCAAGGUCUCUGGGCUGCUAUCAAGUAAUUCAUCAAAUCACAAUGUGAGACUAGGCUCAGAUGAAGACUACAUGAACAUGGCCGACAGACUGGGAAAUGAGGAGAAUGAACCCUCCAUGAGGGCUGUGGCAUUUCCAGUUAAAUCACCACAGUCUGUGUGUUCCCCUGCUGGGAGUGAAGAGACUGCAAAAACAGUGUUCAGGCCUCCCCUUAUUAUGCAGUCACCUCCACCCGAUGUGCCACCAGGUGCAGCACCUGACCUGCUCCUCACUUCUGCUGACCGCAAAAAGAAGCAGAAAGAAAUGAGCAGAGAAGAAAAUGAACAGGUGGACAAAAAUGCCUUGUAUGGCAUUGUUAGUUCUCCAUCAAAAGAUUCUGCCAGACUGACUUUAAAACUGUCCCGAGUGAAGAGUCCAGACGUGGAUCAAUCACAUAUCAGCUCAGACCAUGAAACUGAUUUGAUGAAUAAUAAUAACAAUCAAUUGUCAAGGAGUGCCCAGGACUUGUCAAACAAGUUAGGUGCUGAGGAGCAGGCAAGCUGUCAGCAGGUUCCUGUUCGGCCAAACACCAAGGACUCUGGAGUCGUCAGUGGGCUUGUGUUUGAUGAUGCUGAAAUAGAGACACUUGCGGAGAUUGAGAGAAUAGAACGCGAGACGGCCAGUGAGAGAGAGCGGUGGUCUAAAGAAGUCCAGGAUAAAGAUAAGCCACUGAAGAAACGGAAGCAAGACUCGUAUCCUCAGGAAUCCGGAGGUGAUUCAGGUGACGGACCUACGGUACAAGGGGGCAACACUGACACCAUGUUGACACCCAAGAAGACGAAUGCUGCAAGUAACGGUGCCAGUCGGCCUGCUUUGAUGGUCAGUAUUGAUCUGCAGCAAGCUGGCAGGCUGAUAAGACAGCCUGUAGUGGUCUUGGAAGCACAGCAGUUGUGUGAGGACCACCUUCGGCGCAUAAAGUCAAAGACUGAUGAAAAGGUAGAUAAAGUUGUUGAAAACAGACCUGGGAUCAUCAAACAGCAUGCAGACAACCCCAGGAAGCCUGGCUCAGAUGGGGGACAACCAGAAACCCCUAAACAGAAGCAGGAAAGUCGGCGCGAAUCCAAACACAGACAUGAUGGCAAAACUGACAGCGGCAAGGGACACUCAGAUGACAGACAGCCAGACACACCACGGCAGAAACAGGAUAGGCAUUCGGACUCGUGCCGCAAAGAGGAAAAGAACCACAACAGUCACCGAUCCCAUGUCAGCCAACCUAAGACUCCGAAAACCAUGAGCAAGGUGGAGCGUAACUCCAGACUUGGAAAAAACAAAGUAAGGGACAGAGAUAGGGAUAAGGACAGAGAUAAAGAUAAAGACAAAGAUAAAGACAAAGAUAAAGACAAAGAUAGAGAUAGAGACAGAGAUAGAGAUAGAGAUAGAGACAGAGACAGAGACAGAGACAGAGACAGAGAUAGAGAUAGAGAUAGAGACAGAGACAGAGACAGAGACAGAGACAGAGACAGAGACAGAGACAAAGAUAAAGAUAAAGAUAAAGAUAAAGAUAAAGAUAGAGACAGAGAAAAGAAACACAAGACUUUGUCAAGAGAAAACAGCAACAGACCCUCUCCUGACCAGCAUACUAAAACUGACAUCCCUAGAGUGAAGCAAGAUGGAAGCAGAAAAUCCACUGACCUCAACGGUCGACAGAAGACAGAAAGUUACAGCCUUCAAAAUGCCCAAAAUAAGGAAGAGAGGAAAAGUGGGGAUGGCAGAGUUAGCUGCCAAGCUCGAGACAAACUGCAGUCUUUCGAGGCAAAACCUAGUGAGUUCCCCUCAUACCUACUGGGUGGCAAGUCAGGAAGUCUGAAGAACUUUGUGAUUCCUAAAUUGAAACGGGAUGGGAAAGAAAAAGAUCCCCAACUUCCAGCUAAAUUGAAAGAGAGCUGGAACGAGCCCCUGGUCAGGCUAGAGAGAGUGUCAUUGGUUGAGAGCCUAAACAAAGGUGCUAAGCCUGUUGUUGUGCUUAAGAAACUCAGUACUGAUGAGGUAAGAAGGAUCAUUAAAGAAAGCAGGAAUGCACACGGCUUCAGAUCCAGGAACUCAUCCACCUUUGACAAAUCAAAGAGAGAGAUUUCAAUUUGUGAGAAGACAAACAAGCGACGGCACAGUGAGAUCAGUAAGAGAUCCAAGUAUGCUGAGGUGGACUCCGAUGAAGAUGAUUACUCUGAUGCUGCAGGGAAAAGGUAUAAGAAAGAUCACGACAAGACAUGGAAGCAUGAAGAGACGAGAGGCAAUGCUCGCCAGGGGUACAGUAGCCGUCAUCGUGAAUUCCCAGAUGAUUCAGAUGAAGGCUCUCCACCACCAAGCCUGAGUGAUGUUGCCAGAAAAUUAAAGAAAAAGGAGAAACACAAAAGCAGGAAGGAUUCCAAGCUGACACCAGAAGAAAAGAUGGACUCCUCCGCAUUUAAGAGAUUCACGGCCAGUUUGGACAACAUUCUUGAGAGCCUUGAGGACGUGGACCUCACUGCCACAGAUGAUGACGAGAUACCUGAAGAGCUCUUGCUUGGAAAGCACCAGUUGAGCGAGCUAGGCAGUGAUUCUGCUAAGAUUAAAGCUAUGGGCAUCUUUAACAAGUGUUCAUCUGAUAAACUUGUGAAAAUGUUGAAUAUCCUGGAGAAGAACAUUCAGGACAGCGUUAAACUUUCCACGUUAAUGAAUCAUGGUAAUGAUUCCAUGGACGAGGAGCGGCUGUGGCGUGACCUUAUCAUGGAGCGGGUGACAAAGUCAGCUGAUGCCUGUCUGACGGCACUCAACAUCAUGACAUCUCCGUGCAUGCCCAAAGCUGUUUAUAUAGAGGAUGUGAUUGAGAGGGUGUUGCAGUUCACCAAGUACCAUCUGCAAAACUCCUUGUACCCUCAGUAUGACCCGGCCUACAGAGUGGAUCACCACGGAGUGCAUACUUCAAAGUCCAAGAGAGCAAAGUCUUCCACCCAUAAACAGAAGGUGGUCGUCACGCUCUACAGCAAAGUGUGUGAUAUUGUGACCAACAUCUCAGAGCUCCUGGAGAUCCAGCUGCUAACCGACACCACGAUUCUCCAGGUGUCCACCUUGGGUAUUACGCCAUUUUUUGUUGAAAAUGUCAGUGAACUGCAGCUAUGUGCCAUCACACUGGUGACAGCGGUGUUCACUCGUUAUGAGAAACACAGGCAGCUCAUUCUUGAAGAGAUCUUCACCUCCAUGGCUAGACUUCCUACUAGUAAACGCAGCCUCAGAAACUUUAGGCUAAACAGCAGUGAUUCAGAUGGAGGACCCGUGUAUGUCCAGAUGGUCACAGCACUGGUUCUGCAGCUCAUCCAGUGUGUGGUAAACCUUCCCUCAGAGAGGGACACAGAGGGUGAACAUAAAAAGAAGGUGGAUAAAGAAGUUCUCAUCACAAAUUCAUAUGAAACUGCUAUGAGGACAGCUCAGAACUUUCUGUCAGUGUUUCUCAAGAAGUGUGGCAGUAAGCAGGGGGAGGAGGACUACAGGCCUCUGUUUGAGAACUUUGUUCAUGACCUGCUGUCUGCUGUCAACAGACCUGAGUGGCCUGCAGUUGAACUGCUACUCAGUUUACUGGGCCGGCUGUUGGUGCACCAGUUCAGUAACAAGCAGACAGAAAUGGCGCUCAGGGUUGCAUCGCUUGACUACCUUGGAACGGUCGCCUCCCGCCUGCGUAAAGACGCUGUCACUAGCAAGCUGGACCAAAAGGCUAUUGACCGCAUCCUUAAACAGACUCCAGGCAGUGAUGAGAUCCAACAACUCCAGAAGGCUUUGCUGGACUACCUAGAUGAGAGUGCUGAGACAGAUCCCUCCAUAGUGUUUGCCAGGAAGUUUUAUAUUGCCCAGUGGUUCAGGGACGCUACAAGUGAGGCAGAGAAAGCGAUGCGGUCUCAAAAUGACAACGACGAGGACACAAGAGGACGACAUCAUUCCAACGACACCGACUCAAUUGAGGAGAUUAUGCAGAGGGCAGAGACACGAAAGAAAUUCCUCCGCAAGGUCAUCAAGACUCCACCAUCACAUUUCAGUUCUCUUAGGUCUGACACAGUAGACUAUGAAGACUCCUGCCUGAUUGUCCGAUAUCUAGCCUCUAUGAGGCCGUUUGCACAGAGCUUUGAUAUUUAUUUAUCACAGAUUCUGAGAGUGCUGGGUGAGAGUGCCAUUGCAGUCAGAACUAAAGCCAUGAAGUGUUUGUCUGAAGUAGUAGCUGUGGAUCCAAGUAUUCUGGCACGGUUGGAUAUGCAGCGUGGGGUUCAUUGUCGCCUCAUGGACAACUCCACCAGUGUGCGAGAGGCAGCUGUGGAGCUCCUUGGCCGUUUUGUGCUAAGUCGACCAGAGCUCAUUGAGCAGUACUAUGACAUGCUCAUUGAAAGGAUAUUGGACACCGGUAUAAGUGUAAGAAAGAGGGUCAUUAAGAUCUUGAGGGAUAUUUGUCUGGAGCAGCCGGACUUCCACAAGAUCACUGAGAUGUGUGUCAAGAUGAUCCGAAGGGUCAACGAUGAAGAGGGGAUCAAGAAACUGGUGAAUGAGACAUUCCAGAAACUCUGGUUCACCCCCACACCCAGCCACGACAAAGAUGCCAUGACCCGGAAGAUCCUGAACAUCACAGAUGUGGUGUCGGCGUGUAAAGAUACAGGUUAUGACUGGUUUGAGCAGCUUCUUCAAAAUCUGCUGAAGUCAGAAGAGCAAGCUUCGUACAAACCUGCCAAGAAGGCCUGCGUUCAGCUGGUGGACAAUCUGGUGGAACACAUACUGAAAUAUGAGGAGUCUCUUGCAGACUGUGAGGACAAAGGAGUCAACUCAGGUCGUAUGGUAGCAUGCAUCACCACUCUCUACCUGUUCAGCAAGAUCAGAGCACAGUUAAUGGUCAAACAUGCCAUGACUAUGCAGCCCUACUUGACCACCAAGUGCAAUACUCAGAAUGACUUCAUGGUGAUAUGUAACGUGGCAAAGAUCCUGGAGCUGGUCGUGCCUCUGAUGGAGCAACCGAGUGAGACAUUCCUCUCUACCAUAGAAGAAGACCUGAUGAAGCUCAUCAUCAAAUACGGCAUGACGGUUGUACAACACUGUGUAAGCUGUCUUGGGGCUGUUGUCAACAAGGUCACACACAACUACAAGUUUGUUUGGGCUUGUUUCAAUCGUUACUAUGGAGCUCUGGCUAAACUGAAGACACAGCACCAAGAAGACCCCAACAGCUCCACUCUGGCUGCUAACAAACCUACUCUCCUGCGCUCGCUGUUUACUGUCGGAGCUCUCUGUCGACACUUUGAUUUUGACCAAGAGGAGUUUAAGGGUGCUAACAAGAUUGUCAUCAAGGACAAAGUGCUGGAGCUUCUGCUGUACUUCACCACACAUGAAGAUGAGGAGGUCCAGAUCAAGGCCAUCAUAGGUCUAGGCUUCCAGUUCAUCAUGCACCCAGAGCUCAUGUUUGUGCAGGAUGUGAAGGUUCUGUAUAACAGCACCCUUUCAGAUGAAAGCAGUUUGGUCAGUCUGAAGAUCCAGGUGCUAAAAAACCUGCAGACAUACCUGCAAGAGGAGGACUCUCGAAUGCAGGAGGCUGAUCGUGAAUGGAAGAACCAAGCCAAACAGGAGGAUCUGAAAGAAAUGGGGGACAUCUCAUCGGGCAUGAGCAGCUCCAUAAUGCAGAUUUACCUGAAGCAGGUGCUGGAGUCCUUCUUCCACUCACAGUCCACCGUUCGGCACUUUGCCCUGAGUGUCAUUACGCUGACUCUCAGCCAGGGCCUCAUCCAUCCUGUACAGUGUGUGCCCUACUUGAUUGCCAUGGGAACGGACCCUGAGCCAACCAUGAAGAACAAGGCCGAUCAACAGCUGGUGGAGAUUGACAAGAAAUAUUCAGGCUUCAUCCAUAUGAAGGCUGUAGCAGGGUUGAAGAUGUCUUAUCAGGUGCAACAGGCCAUAAAUGGAUCCAAAAGCGCAGUGGUUCGAGGUUUCCGUCCCGAUGACUCAGACGCUGCUCUCUGCUCACAUCUCUACACUAUGGUCCGUGGGAACCGACAACAUAGACGGGCUUUCCUCAUAUCCCUGCUCAACCUAUUCGACGACAGCUCCAAAACAGAGGUGAACAUGCUGUUGUUCAUAGCAGACAACUUGGCCUGCUUCCCCUACCAGACCCAGGAGGAGCCUCUUUUCAUCAUGCACCAUAUAGAUAUUACUCUGUCUGUCUCCGGUAGCAACCUGCUCCAGUCUUUCAAGGAGUCUUUACGGAAAGUGCCCAGACAGCAGCAGCAAAAGCAAAAGAAAAUGAAGACAAAAAAGAAGAAGAAGAAGCAGCGGAGAAGGAAAGACAGCUCUGAUGACGAUGAUGAAGAUGAGGACCGCGAGCAGAGCAGUAGAAAGUCCAGCAGCAGCAGCAGCAGCAGCAGCAGUGAUGAGGACAAUGAGGUGGUGCACAGGCAAAAGAAAUCAGUGGUUUCUGAUUCUGACUCUGACAUGGAAGAUGAGGAUGCGGUGAUGGACCGUCUACCUGAAAAUGCCAACCCUCUGCUGGACUUUGCCAGUGCUUCACAGGGUAUUCUGCUGCUGCUGGUGCUAAAACAACAUCUGAAGAAUCUAUUUGGCUUCUCAGACAGCAAAAUCCAGAAAUAUUCCCCAACGGAGUCUGCCAAAAUAUAUGACAAGGCUGUGAACAGGAAAUCUAAGGUGCACUUCAACCCCCGUCAGACACUGGAUUACCUGAAGAGUGAUAUCACCAACAUGGAUCUCAGCUUCGACACCAAGAGGAAUAUUGUGAAACAGUAUUUGGAUUUCAAGGUACUGAUGGAGCACAUGGAUCGUGACGAAGAGGACGAGGAGGGCGAAGCAACUGCCAAUGCCAGAAACAAAGCCAUUACUUCACUGCUGAGGGGUCCAAAACCUGUGAACCACAACCACAAUAAUCACACUGCUCCAGUGGAGACAGAUGAUGAGGACAGCGAGGAUGAAGAUACUCCUGCGCAGAAACCAAGGAAAGGCAGGGAUACCGCAGAGGAUUCAGGUCGCAUGAGUGAGAAAGUGGAGGCCAUGGACGUCGUUGCCAUAUGUCGUCCCAAAUACAAAGACAGACCGCAGAUUGCCAGGGUCAUCCAGAAGACCAAAAAUGGCUACAGUAUACACUGGAUGACUGGAUCUUACACUGGGCCCUGGGCUGUGGCAAAGAAACGGGACGGUCGCAAAAAGGUGCCUUGGGUUGACACUAUCAAGGAGUCGGACAUAAUUUACAAGAAAAUAUCCCUGACAAGUGGACACAAGCUGACGAACAAAGUGGCUCAUACAUUACGGGCGCUGUACGCUGCCAAGGAGGGGGCCAAGAGUUAAUCAGCUGAAUAUACUCAGACAGAACCCCUUCCCCCCAUGUGGAUAUGUUAUAGAGAGAAGAUGAAACUUCUGUAGAUUUAAGGACCUGGUGGAGGGAAAGUAUUGUGAACACUGGUCUGUUUAAACACAGACAUGUUUAAGUUAAACACAAGAAAAACACAAGAAGGAAAUGUUUGGGAAAACAUUGUGUGGGAGUUCCUUCGCUGUUGUGCAGCAACUUCGUUGUUUGAUUUUUACUCCCACUGUAUCAUAGUUUAACUAAACACAUGUUUAUAUCUGAACAUAAUUCUGUAAAAAAACAACAACACAAAACUGAAUGUUGGAAAGUGUAUUGAUGAUGUUCUUAAUAAAGUGUUUUUGGAGUUUAAACUAGCACCAGAUGGAUUUAUUCACUUGACCUGAGCUCCAACAACUUCUAACUCUCUUUUUUGUUCUUGUUUUAAACAGUUUGUUGUUUACCCACACUGUGUAAUGGAGUAUCUUUGAUAUAAUUUAUUUAUGUUAAAAGCAGUGCAGUAUCUGUGCCUAUAUGCAGGGGAAGUUAUAUUGUUUUUAAUAUAGAUUUUGAUGUUAUAGAACACAGAGCAAGAAAAAAGUGAUCCCCUGCUCUUCUGGUGGAACAAAUACUGCAAUAAAUUUUUCUUACGUCUUU